CUUAAAUAGGGUCCGAACGAGAAAAAGAUCUCUUGUGUCACAUACAGCAGUAUGUCCUCCACGACCAUCGUAUCCUUUGCCUUGGUGUUGGUCAUUCUUGGUAUUCAUGUAAUGCAUGCAUGUCCGUUAUCCACAGGUCUGUGUAAACAAUAUGGGCAUUCUUGCUUAGGAGGCCAUGGAAAACGAGCGGAAGUGCAACCAUCUCGCCUGAUGAAGCACAUUUUUCGAGAAAUGUCCCACCUUCCCAUGAAAGAGGCUGACAUGCUUCCUCAAGAUUUUGCUGAAUCUGCGGAUUUCUGGGAAAAUAUUUUCAAUAACAAAGCAGAUGCGUUUGAAAAUGAUGAACAGAAAGAACUGAGAGCAAACCUAUUUGACUAAAUUACAAAAUAAAAAGCAAAUUAUGUUGUUGAUAUAUAAAUUCUUGAUUUUAAUUAAUACCAAUAAAGAUGUGUCUUUAGA